AUGAGCAUCCAUGCUGUUAGCGUCAUGCUAGUGGCUCUCAAUAGAGAUGCCCAACAUGCUACUAUCGCCAAGUUCAUUCAAAAUGAACUUGACGCUGAACGCGAGAAAGUAGCCUUGCUUCACCAACAAGGUUAUCAACAAGCAGAGUUGUUGAGAGAACAGGGUGCUCAACAGUUUGAACUGUUGAGACAGCAGCAGGCUGCUGCUGGUGGGUCGAUGCACUCGCGUCGACCCGAGACCUUGAAGAUUGACAUCUCCAAGUAUAAGGAGUCGAAGAGGACUCCCUCUUGA